UCUCUGGAAUCUAAACUGCAUAAAUCAGCCGUCGCCCGCAGACACAAAUAUACAAUAGCAAUAUCAACAGCCCUCCUUCCAACGUUAAAUUCAUAGAGCAGUCUGAGCCUCUGAUUAACUGCCACAACUGAUAAUCCACAAUCCCAAUUAAACCCUAAUCCUGAAGAGGUUUACACCGAUGUCCACGUCGGGCCAGCCGCAGUUUCGGUACACGCAGACGCCGUCCAAAGUCCUCCACCUCCGGAAUCUUCCAUGGGAGUGCAUGGAAGAGGAGCUUGUGGAGCUCUGCAGACCCUUCGGCAAGAUCGUAAACACCAAGUGCAACGUCGGGGCUAAUAGAAAUCAGGCUUUUGUCGAAUUCGUAGAUCUGAACCAGGCAAUUAAUAUGGUUACCUAUUAUGCUUCAUCUUCAGAGCCUGCCCGCAUUCGUGGCAAAACUGUGUACAUUCAAUACUCAAACAGGCAUGAAAUAGUUCACAACAAAAGUCCUGGUGAUGUUCCAGGAAAUGUUUUGCUUGUUACCAUUGAGGGUGUUGAAGCUGGUGAUGUCAGCAUUGAUGUCAUUCACUUGGUAUUCUCGGCUUUCGGUUUUGUGCACAAGAUUGCUACAUUUGAAAAAGCUGCUGGUUUCCAGGCUUUAAUUCAGUAUAGUGAUGUUCAGACUGCAUCUACAGCAAGGGACUCAUUAGAUGGUAGAAGUAUACCGAGAUACCUUCUUCCAAGUCAUGUAAAUGACUGUCAUUUACGCAUCUCGUACUCUGCUCAUACAGACUUGAAUAUUAAGUUUCAAUCCCAUCGAAGCAGGGAUUAUACAAAUCCAUAUCUUCCUGUUAAUCCUACUGCAAUGGAGGGUUUUCUUCAGCCUGCUGUUGGGGCUGAUGGUAAGAAGAUGGAGUUCGAGAGCAAUGUUCUGCUUGCUUCUAUUGAGAAUAUGCAAUAUGCCGUCACGGUUGAUGUUCUUCACACAGUAUUUUCUGCAUUUGGAACUGUGCAAAAGAUUGCGAUAUUUGAGAAGAAUGGUGCAACUCAAGCGCUAAUCCAGUAUCCGGAUAUCACAACUGCAGCAGCUGCAAAAAACGCUUUAGAGGGGCAUUGCAUAUAUGAUGGUGGCUACUGUAAGCUUCAUCUAUCAUACUCUCGUCAUACUGAUCUCAAUGUGAAGGCUUACAGUGAUAAGAGCCGAGAUUACACUAUCCCAUUAUCACUUGCAAUGCAACAAACUCCUGGAGUCCCCACCACGGUUGCAGGAUUGCAGAACCCUCCAGCUGCAUCAGCAGUCCCUGGUGUUGGGUAUACUUCUGGUGGUAUGGUGCAGGCUCAAACUCCAAUGCCACCGGUGUCCUCAUGGAACCCAGCUACAGUAGCAAGCGCACCAACAUUUAUGUCUGUUUCGAGCACAUUUGCUGACCAAGCAUAUGCUUCAGCCCCUCUUCCUGCUUAUGCAGCUGCAGCUAUUUCUCCUCUAACCUCAACCGUUGCUCAACCCAACCAUAUUGCCUCUGGGAUUCCGCAGAUUAGAGAUGCUCAGCCUUUGCACCAGCCAAAUGUGCUUCCUGGUGGGAUUUCACUUCCCAGUCAAUCCCCUUAUUAUGGUUCCUGAAGUUGUAUGCUUUUACUUGUCAAAUUACCCAUGCUGACGCAGAGAAGUAGAAACCAGCUAAGAGGUUGCCCGAAAUGUUGUUUUGUUGUGGUGUUUAGUUGCAAAUUUCAUCAGAUGUGCCACAGUGCAGCAGGACAAUUUUAUUGGCUUCUUAAAGCAUAGGUCUUUGUUGUAUUGCUUUCAGUGUAAUUACCCCUGCUCUUCACACUUUGCACCAAUAUUGCUGUAUAUCCUUGAGAGAAUGAGGAUAACCCAGAUUUACUAUUUGCCAUCUCCAAUCGUAAUACAUGAUAUUGGUCAAAA